CACCUCCCCCCACCUCCCCAGCGCCAACAGCAAGCACAUCCUCGGCUCGCCCAGAUCCCCACCCCUCCACCGCGAAUCCGAGCAGCCGCCGCCGCCGCCGCGACCCAUGGCGCCCAAGGCGGAGAAGAAGCCCGCGGCGAAGAAGCCGGCGGAGGAGGAGCCCGCGGCCGAGAAGGCCCCCGCCGGGAAGAAGCCCAAGGCAGAGAAGGGCCUCCCCGCGGGCAAGUCCAAGGAGGGCGGCGGCGAGGGGAAGAAGGGCAAGAAGAAGGCGAAGAAGAGCGUGGAGACGUACAAGAUCUACAUCUUCAAGGUGCUGAAGCAGGUGCACCCGGACAUCGGCAUCUCCUCCAAGGCCAUGUCCAUCAUGAACUCGUUCAUCAACGACAUCUUCGAGAAGCUUGCGGCCGAGGCGGCCAAGCUCGCGCGGUACAACAAGAAGCCCACCAUCACCUCCCGCGAGAUCCAGACCUCCGUGCGCCUCGUCCUCCCCGGGGAGCUCGCCAAGCACGCCGUCUCCGAGGGCACCAAGGCCGUCACCAAGUUCACCUCCUCCUAGGCGAACUAGGCUAGGCCGCCUGUAGCUGUAGGCUUCACACUCUUGUUCAUGUGCGAGCGACGUGAUUUGGCUGCUGCGGAUGGUGUAGUUAGAUUCUCUGAAUGUGUUCUCUCCUGUAGGAAGCACCUGGUGGUUUCUGAACAGUGAUGUUAUCUGAUGGAAUAGCAAUGCUGUUUAUUUAACCCAGCUGUUUUUUUUAA